CCUAAAUUGAAAAAUUGGAGUUUCCCUCUCUCGAUUGAUCGAUGGAAGACGAAAAAGAUCACGAAAACGUUAAGGGUUGUGUUGCUGCUAUGGAUUCACUGCUUUCGGGUGGUCUGGUACCUACAAAAGGUCGAAGAAGAAGAAGCGGUACCAGGCGCCCUCGCCCGAUCGAAGAUUUUCGUAUCAAUUCUAUCUUAUCCACAAAUGCUCAACUGACUGGAGGAGCACCCAUUUUCAAGAUUUUGGCUGAUAGAAAGGCUCUCAAGUGCCCUCGUGAGAAUGAUCUUGUUAACUCUGCAUCGGCAGCUACUGGUACUCGAAGAUAUGUUUCCAAGCGCACUUACCGUGUGGAUCCCGCAGCGUAUGCAUAUGACCGUUCAGAGAUUUGGUUCGAAAACCACGUUGAGAAUGGUCGCAGAGUUACGGUAGUGAGAUAUCCUAAUCAACCACUGUCUAGUAUUUGGCCACAUCUGUCUAAGGAGAGUGGUAAAGGGCUUGAUAAGGAAUAUGCUAAAUGGGUUAGGGAAAAUUUUGAGAGCUUGCUUCCGGUUGAAAUUCUGAAACAAUAGGAGGACACGUGCAAGACUGUUUGACUUUGUUAACAUCUAAAAUGUUUUGGUCAAGUCCAAUCUUUGGUUUGACUUUUAAUUCUGUAUGACUCUAUGGUUAUGAUAAGUAACUAAAUACUAGUAGUAUGCUAAUUGUUGAAGUUUGUGCAAAUACAUGGGCACAUUCUGAAUGAAACCUUCAAGAGCUAUUGGCAUUGCACUUUGCUGUGAAAACUAUGGAAGUAAUGGCAAUCUGUCGUAUGUAAUUUAGCUUUGAUUUGGAUUGAAAUUUUUAGUGGA